AUGUCAGCCACAGUUAAUACACCCACUCCUCCUCCUGUUGCCGCUGCUGAUGUUGUUGUUGCUGAUGCUGCUGCUGCUUCUACUACUACUACUACUACUGCUACUACUACUACUGUUGUUGUUGCACCUCCCCCCACGGCUGCUACUACCACUACUGCCACCACUGCCCCUCCUCCUCCUCCUCCUCCGAUUGCAUUAGAAACACCUGCACCCACACCCAUCACAACGUUUGAAGAAAUUCAAAAGCAAUUGAAAAAUACACUAGAUCAUGUGGAACAGAGGAAUAUGGUGAGUGGAUUUCAGACGCUGAGUAAAGCGACUGGAGCUGUUGUAGACCAUUGCGAGCAAUUAGGACUUACCUCGGACGAUCAUCCAUACAACGCCAUUGAUAGAGAACAAUUUUGGGCGGGACUUAAUAAUUGCUGGCUUUAUGCACUUGCGCAACGCCAUGAACCUAGUAGUGAUACAGAGCGUUUAACGGAUCAACAUUUAUACAGCCUGAGAGAAAUGGUGGUUUCAUGGGCUGAUAAAUUAGAAAGAUUCGGACUGGUGGAUUAUGAAAUGGGAUGGUGGGAAGCGGACAUUUUGGCUGCGAUAGAUGGGAUCCUAGCCAUGAAUUAUGCUGCUGCUCAAGCCGCUGCUCAAGCUGUGGUUGCUCAAGCUGCUGCUGCUUUAUUCGGUGAAGAAGUGAAUAUUUAA